GCUUAACUUAUGCAAGAACAGCAACUACGAUUCCAGAUUCGCGACAAAGACGGUAUCUCUUCCUUCCUUAUGAUUUUUCUAUCUAAAUCUUAACAGAUAUGCUUUAUUAGCGUCGUUGUUUCCAUUUAACCAGUUAGGAUAUUCAUUCUGCUUCGUCUUAAGCAUGUAUGGACUUAAUUUAUGAUCAUUUCGUAACUCCAGGCUGUCGGGUUAUCGGUUCAGCCUUGGGAUUCGGCCAUUUGAUGCAAUUUUAAUCUCACAAACACAACAUAUGAUUGUACCAAACAUCAAACACCAACAACACCAUCCGAGAGAAUCGAGAGCAUGCCAAAAUGAUUAGUAGAGGAGGAGGUUCCAUAAUGCGAGGUGGUCGCAUUCGGCCUCCUCGACGGGCUACGACCUCCUCUGGCCCUCUCGACGAAUUCGAACAAUGCUGGGAGAAGCUCCAGGAAGCAUUUCAUGACAUACACACACGCAACGCUGGAAAACUUUCGUUCGAGCAGCUAUACCGAUAUUCGUAUAAGAUCGUAUUGAAGAAGUCUGGCGCGAAGCUAUAUGAGAGAGUCAAGAAGUUCGAGGAACAGUGGUUUGCCGACGAAAUCAUACCACCUAUCCGAGCUCUCAUAACUACGAAUCUCGUUAGUAUCACACUCGAUGAAGCCCGUGGUACUAGCGUAGUCGAGCGACGUGCCACGGGUGAGAAAUUUCUGAAGGGGGUUCGGACAUCAUGGGAAAACCAUAACAUGUCGAUGAACAUGAUUGCCGAUAUAUUGAUGUACCUCGAGCGAGGAUUCGACCGCGGUCAUCACCAUCCUCUCAUCUACGCUACAACAAUUGGUCUAUUCCGAGACCAUAUCCUAAGAUCUGACCUGAAAGAGAAUGGAUCUACCUGUCAAGUAUUCGACAUUCUAAACGCCACUAUCAUUGAUCAGAUCAAUAUGGAAAGGGAAGGCGACGUCAUCGACAAGGCUUUAUUACGCAGUUGUACCUCCAUGUUAGAGGAUCUUUUUGAGACAGAUGAAGAGAAUUCGCUGGAGCAGCUCUAUUUGACUACCUUUGAACCUAUCUAUCUCCAAAAUAGCGGUGCCUUCUACAAGUCCGAGUGCGAUAAAUUGAUUCGCGAGGCUGACGCCAGCGCAUGGCUCCGAUACACGCAACGACGACUUGCCGAAGAGGCAGAGCGAUGCCAAACAACUCUUUCUCAGUUAACGCUUCCGAAGAUCAACAAUGUGGUUGAGCAAGAGCUUAUUGUGAAGCAUAUAGAGGACUUUCUCUCCCUCGAAGGUAGCGGUAUCAAGGCUAUGAUUGACAACGAUCGAAUUGAGGAUCUCACCAUCCUCUACCAGCUUAUUGCUAGGGUUGACCCUAAGAAGGCAGUCCUACGUAAAGCUCUGGCGAGUCGAGUUGUUGAGCUUGGUAUGGAAAUUGAGCAAGUACUCAGAAGUACUGAUUUUAGCAUAGCACAGCAGGCGGACGGGGAAGAGCCCACGGGCGGGGCAGAGAAAUCUAAGCCGAAGACGUUGAACGCUGCAGCCCAACAGACAGCUGCAGCCGUCAAAUGGGUUGACGAUGUGCUGGGCCUCAAGGACAAAUUCGACAGGCUAUGGUCAACCUGCUUUGGCGAGGAUCUUAUUUUACAGACGGCAUUAACUAAGAGUUUCUCGGAUUUCAUCAAUUCCUAUGAUCGCAGCUCGGAGUACGUUUCGCUCUUUAUUGACGAUAGCCUGAAGCGAGGUAUCAAGGGCAAGACAGAGGCAGAGGUUGACAUCGUUCUCGACAAAGCGAUAACUCUCCUCCGCUACCUUGGCGAGAAAGACAAGUUCGAGCAGUACUAUCAGAAGCAUCUUGCUCGCCGUCUAUUGCAUUCUAAGACAGAGAGCCAAGAGGUGGAGCAAGAGAUGAUAUCACGCAUGAAACGCGAACUAGGCAAUUCUUUUACGCACAAGUUCGAGGGCAUGUUCAGAGAUAUGCGAAUAUCCAAGGAGACGACAGAACAAUAUCGAGAUCAUAUCCGUGGACUUGGUGAUGCAGACGAGAAACGAAUUGAGCUCAGCAUUUCUGUUCUUGCCGGCAACAAUUGGCCUAAGGAAGUCAUGGGUCGUACUGGUCUUGCCGAUGGACCAAGAGCAACGGUCAUCUAUCCGCGUCAGAUUCAAGGACUUCAAGAUAGUUUCUUCAAGUUCUAUGGUAUCAACCGCAAUGGUCGCAUACUCACUUGGCUCGGAGGUGCCGGAACUGCGGAUAUAAAAUGCAUAUUCCCCAAGGUGCCCGGCAAGACCUCUGGUCCUCUUAGUAAGGAUCGCCGCUACGAGAUCAACGUGUCUACCUAUGGCAUGAUCGUCCUGAUGCUAUUUAAUGAAAUUGCAGAGGGCGAAUGGCUGUCAUUUGAGGAGAUCGAGGAGAAAACCAACAUUCCACAGAUUGACUUGAUCAAUGCGCUAACAUCACUCUCCGUGAUUAAACUAUAUCGUGUUCUUUUGAAAGAGUCGCAGACGAAAGCAGCCGCCAAACCAGGCGACAGAUUCACAUUCAAUCGCGAAUUUGUGAGCAAGGCUAUCAAGAUUAAAGUUCCUUCAAUCAACGCCAGUAACAGAGUCGAAAAUGAGGAGGAACGCCAAGAGACCGACAAGAAGAAUGAAGAGACGAGAAUGUACAUUACCGACGCUGCUAUCGUCCGAAUCAUGAAGCAACGCAAGGAACUCGGUCAUUCUUCGCUCAUUACGGAAGUUAUUCAAGUCUUGGCUAAUCGAUUUAAGCCCGAUGUGUCGCUUAUUAAACGUCGGAUUGAAGCACUGAUAGGUCGUGAUUACCUCGAACGAUCCGAACUAGCCGAUGGCUCUCCGGCCUAUCAAUAUGUCGCCUAACUUCUCUAUUUCAUCGUCUUGUGGAGUUCAGCCCUACGGAACUCGGAAGCCAGUCGUCUUUUCUGGGUGCCAUAAGUUGAUGCGACGGCAUAUGUCGUACACUAUUCAGGGUACGGGACAUUUGUUCCGUAUAAUUUAAGGCAACAUUCGUAUAGCCUCUACGGACAGUUGGUUUAGUUAUCCCAUGAUUUAAAUUAGGGCAAACCCUUUUUCUAGUUCGGGGAUAAUGCAUCGUGCUACUAGGAAUUAUAUUCCAUCUCAACGCAUAGCAACGGCGAAACGGUGGGUUGAAAUGGCAGUCCAUUUUCAAUAGCUGGGAGAAUGGGUUGCAAAUGCAUAGUGUCUACCUAAGAAAUUAUCACACAAAUGAAUGUACAACUGAAAUCUUUUCUCUUU